AUGUCAACUUUUGAGAAGGCAAAUAAUGCUGAGAGUGACGAAGAAUUAUUAGAAGAUAUUAGAGCAGAAGAUGAGAAUGAGAAAAAAAUUCAAGAUGAAGUUUCAGAAGAUGUCAUAAUUGAUCAAUGGGAGGCAUUGCCCCCGCAAACUAUUAUAACUGAUCAAGCUCAAGUAAUGGCAAUUUCUAUUAGAGAAGUGAUGUCUGGAACUAGACAUAGACUGUCUCAAUGGCACAUAUCCCAGAAUGCUCCAUCUCAUUUGGGCUCACUUAAUAAUGACAAAGAUUUUUCUAAACUUUUCAAUAAGUGUAUGUCAGAAUGUGAUUCUGUUACUGAAUUUGAAGAAACAUGGGAGAUGAUGCUUACGAUGUAUAAUAUAGAAGAACAUAAAUGGUUGAAAAAUCUUUACAAUAUUCGACACAUGUGGUCCACAACUUUUAAUAAUGAUGUCUUUAGUGCUGGAUUGAAAGCCUCAUCUCAAAGUGAAAGUACUAAUCUUGUAUUAAAUGGGCUUGGUGACUUGAGCACUUAUCUGCACAUAUUUGUCACUAACUAUGAGAAAAAUGCAAUACUUAAGUGGCGGCUUGGUGAAGGACAUGAAGACUUCAACUGUAAACAAAGUAGGCCUACUCUUGCUGUAAAAGGUAGUCCAAUUUUUGCUCAGGUUUCUGCCGUCUACACUCACAAGAUUUAUAACAUGUUUGAGAAAGAGUUUCUUAAAUGA